CUCCUCUGCAUUGCUUUUCCAGCGAAUAGUUUUCUAUGUCGUCGUUGUGGUUGUCGUCGUUGUUUGAUGUUCGUCAUCCGACAUCGUAGCAAGCAGCAGAGAACUUCGUCGUCGUAAUAGGCGGAUAGAGUAUGUACGAUUUGUGCAAUCGGACCAGGAAGUGUCGUUCAGAAAAGAAGUAACAGCGCUAGAAAAGUGUCCACUGCUUUGUGCUGGAGUCUUUUGUGCAGCAUACUGUGUGAAAAGUGAAUUUGAAUGGUGUGAGAGUCGCAUUCCGUGAUGACUAUCAAGCCAGUGGUUAAUCAAAAAAGUGCGAAAGAGGAAACGCAAGAGGGCACCUCCCAAAGUGUCCAUGGUGUAGGCAAUGCAGGUGUCCGAGCGGCGCACCGUAAUGUGGUGCUAAAUCAGCUGUCGUCAUCGGAAUCACAAGCUUUGCCGAGGGAAAAGCGGGGGCUUACGCCUCACAACUUCGACAAUGAAAGCGUAGUCCGUCAUCGCAGGAGCCCACACAAAAACCUUGGGCGCCUAAAACGCGAUCACUAUCACAAACGGGAAAGCCGCGAGCGGGACAAGACUGCCGGCUCGCCCAGCUACCAUCAUCAUGUGCUGCAACCGUCAGCUAGUGGUAAGACCUCUUCCUGCUCGAGCCCGCUGGCCGGGUCGGCGGGUGGCUGUCGUUCGCCAAAGGCCUCGCUUCAAGCGGCGGGCACUGGGAGCUCCCUUCUAAACGGCCACACAGGAGCGGUGGGUAAUGUGGGAGCCUCCGGAGCAGAUCUCAACGCCGUCAUCGAGGAAGCCCUGUCCGGCUACAAUAGUGGUGAUGAACAUAUCGGCCAGAAGGAUGCCCAGCUCACGCCGGACGAGUGGCAAAAGCGUGACGAGGCGUUCGCGAAGGUCCUCUCGGACCGCGGGUUCAUCCUGCAGGAGAUGGAGGAAGAUGGGGCGUGUCUGUUUCGAGCGAUUUCCUUGCAGGUCUACGGUGAUCAGGAUAUGCACGAGGUGAUCCGUCAGCAGACGAUGGACUAUAUUUACCAAAAUCGUGAGUACUUCGCACAGUUCGUCACCGAAGACAUUGCUGAGUACGUUAAGCGGAAACGGGCUAAUCACGUUCACGGCAAUCACAUAGAAAUUCAAGCAAUGUCAGAAAUGUACAAUCGUUCCGUGGAGCUGUACUGCUACCAAAGUGAACCUAUCAAUAUAUUCAACUCGGAUCAAAUAAACAACGGUAACGAACCGCUCCGACUGUCGUACCAGCGCUGUUCGCACUACAACGCCAUCGUCAACCCGUACAAAGCGUCCGUUGGCGUGGGUCUCGGGCUCGCCGGCUACCGGCCGGACGAGGGUGACAUCAAGCAAGUGGCCGAUGCGGUCCGCAUGAGCGAAGAGCUCGAGAUCGAGAAGACGAUGUUCGAAGACAAGCUGAAAACGACCGACUGGGAGGCAACGAACGAGGCGAUCGAGGAGCAGAUCGCCCGUGAGUCUUACCUGCAGUGGUGCCGGGACAAUAUGCGCAACGGUGGUGCAGGGCGUGGAGGUAGUGGUGGUGGAGGAGUAGGCGGAGGAGGAGGUGGGGGUAGUAGUCAGAAUAUGAAAAGCACCAGCAGCACGAUCACGUCGACCGAGAUGAUGGCGGCCUGCGCCAGUGGUUCACAGUCGUUUUCGGGCCAUGGGGGCCUCAUGCAAGCAGCUCAGCAACAGCAGACGGCAUCAUCCUAUUUGCUCGAACUGCGCAAGUCGCCCUCGGCUACGUUGACGGCUGGUGGCGGUGGAGUUGGACUGGCCGGUGGUGAUCGAGGAGCCUGCUCCUCUUCCAGCUCCAAGAACAGCUCGUUCGAGUUGGACUGCUCACCGCCCUCGCCGGCCCAGUGCAGCUCGCAGGACCCAACCGGAGGAUGCGACGCCUCAUAUUCCAUGCAACAGCAACAACAGCAGCAGUACUAUUUUAGUACGGACGCCACCACCACCACCACCACCGCCACGAGCGCAAACACAAAUACCGGUAAUACCAGCAAUAAUACCAUGACCUGCAGUGGUGAAGGAAAUCGCCGUAAAAAACGGAACCUUAAUUCCCCAAUCGAAAAGGCCAUCAGUUGCGAAAUGAAGAAAUGCAAAGCGAACAGCAAUCGGACGGCGAGUGCUUCAAGUAGUCCUCUACGACCCGAGAGUCCAGUCAAAGACCAAAUGACAAAAGCUUCGUCGCCACCGAGCACCUCGAGCAGCACGACGUCGACACAGGACAGCAAUGGGGGCAGUGGUAGCGGUCUAUCGACCCCGGCCAGCAGUACCUUGCAGCAGCAGCAGCAGCAGCAGCCACCACUUCAACCAACCCGCGACGAAACGCCCAUGUCCGAGUUCUACCAAUCUCUGCUGGAAUCCUCCUAUACCGACGAUGGUAGUUUUGGCCAGCUAUCGGAACGGGAAAUGAUCCAGAAGGCGCUCGAAGAGUCGGCGAUGGAUUUCGUGAAACGCUGCGACGGCUCGAAAACCUUGCACGAGGAUAAGUACGGCACGACGGACGAAGAGUACGAUUCACCGUCCCCCUAGGGAGGUGCACAAAACCACACAGACACACACACACAUACACUACGUUUUGUACAUUUAGCUUUGUCAGUUAACGUUACUAAGGAUGAAAGAAAUAACAGGGACGAUGCAGGACGAGCAGAGUCCUGCUUGUCUCGAACAGAAUUUCCAGAUUCCUAAAACACUCCUUCUCGUGUGUUGCGCGCUCUAACCGAGCCAGUUUGCCUCUUUAGACGCUUUUCUCAUCGGCAUCGGAAAGGAAAAGAAGAAAGAGGUUCAGCAGAUAAUCACGGACAUAACCGGAAGGAGGAGUACACAGACAGAACACAGCGUAAGAAGUAAGCAAUUUCAGCAGGGACACACCAAGUUCUAUCGUAUCGAAGUACCAACACGGCUCUAGUGGAUUUAGCAAUAGGGAUUACACUUACGGUCAUAAAUUUAACAUCAACAUCUUUGCUUUUGGUUCUUUGUCGACCCACAACCAACGGUGGUAUUAGUGCUUUGGCUGAAAAAAAAAAUGUUUUGCGAGAAAAAAAGGCAUGGUUUUAUUAUGUUUCGCUUAUUUCCACAAACGUGCGCCCAUUAGCCGGGCAACGUGUUGUGGUAUCAUCUUUCGCUGGCGUAUAGAGUAUGCACGAUAAGUUGAUAAGUUGUAGUGCCGUUUCGGGGUCUGUUCAUUUCCUUCUUUUCCACUCUUUUUAACAUAACCAUAGCUAUGAAAAUGUUUUAAAUUUUCUAUGUAACGUUAGUGCGUUAAGGGAACGGUGAGGUAUUUAAACGACAUAGUGUACAGAGCUACAGCUGGCCGGGCCCCUUCGUUGCUUGUGUGUAGCAGAGAGCAGCAGGAAAAAUAAUCUGAUGAAUGUUGCAUUUUCCAGCCGCAGGGAAUUUCCAAACGUAAUGUUUGUUCUAAGUGAUGUAGGUGGUAAAGUUCGAAAAAUACGGAUAUGAUUGUGCAAACAUUUUGAUGUAAUUUGGGUUCAUCUAUUCGGGCAUGCAAUUAUUUGUUUUUCACUCUCUCUCCGCUACUAACACCCUUUGUAAUAGUUUUACGAGCGUCGAUUCUACUUUCAUCGCAUGGAACUGCAGCGUGAUGGUGGCAAUAGCAGGAAGCCGUUACUGGCACGAUACGCACGCCCUUUCUUUUUGU